AUGUCAAUGCUGGAUGUUCUGCCAGAAAACAAUGAAUCUUAUGGCACACAGGACUACUGGGAAGAUCGCUAUGUACAUGAAGAGCAGACAACAUUUGACUGGUUUAAGGGGUUUGACGAUAUACAGGACACUUUUACAAAAGUUUUGGUUAAUAAAACUGGCAGAAUUUUACACUUGGGAUGUGGUAACAGCAGAUUAGGAGAGGAUCUCUACAAGGCUGGAUGGACUCAUAUUGUCAAUGUAGAUUAUUCUCCAGCCGUGAUCGACACCAUGACAAAACGAUGCAGCGAGUUGCUUGGUAUGACAUGGGAUGUCGCAGAUGUGUUCAAAUUGGAUCAAGUAUAUCCUGCUCAGUCAUUCGAGUAUGCAAUUGAUAAAGGAACACUAGAUGCUUUAUUGACUCGCAAGCACGAUCCUUGGAAUCCACCUCCAGAUCUGUGCCAAGAUAUUUCAAACUAUAUUUCUCAAGUUUCUCGGAUGCUUUCAUCUGGUGGAAUUUUACUGCAUAUCACUUUUGCUCAACCACAUUUUAGGAAACGCUUUUUGGAGAUUCCAGAGUUUAAAGUGUCGACAUUGACACUCGAGGGAAAAGGCGGAGGAUUCGAGUACUUUGCCUAUGUUUGCCAAAAGAUCUGA